AUGACGUUUAACUGGGAUAGAACCGCAAUUAUGCACCGUGACGAUGCCCACCACUCACGAGAGGCGAGGCAGCAUGCCAGCAAUGCUGCGCUAGCCUCGACAGUGGCCCAAGCGAUUCCAUGGUACAGUAGCCCUAUCGGUAGAGUCAUCAAGCAUUUGUCCGAGUGCCAGGAGCUACCCACACCGUGGACCUACGGUUUCGGACCACGACCAGAUCCCGGGCCGUCAUGCUCAAGUACCGGGGAGCUCGGUUGCCUGCUCAGUGGAGGGAGAAGCAAACCUGGUUCCGUGGCGCCCAUCAUUAUCGUCAAAGGAAGCUCUCGCCCAUUAAGAGGAUAUAAUAGGUUUGUUCAAAGGUCCCGAAGGAGAUGA